AUGUCGGAUGAGAGUACCAAUCCUUUUCCAGAGUUGAGAAGUGUGUGUAAACCCUCUGGUCCUAAGUUCAAUCAUUUGAACUGGAAUUGGAAUGUAGCCAACACCCAACAGAAUUCUGAACUAUCUGGUGGCCAAAAUUCUAGUUCAAAUGCCUGGAGACAUCCAAAUAAGCUGUCAAAAUGGCAUAGAGUGGGUAAAAGCAACAACACACUAGACAAAGUCAAUUCUCAAAAGACUUUGGCUUGCAGUGGUAAUGGAAUUCCAACUGACAGCAAGUUGCCUACUCUGGCUAGAAGUGGUAAUGAAAUUCUGAAUGAAACUCCGACUCUGGCUAGCCGUAGUGGAAAAGGAAUUUUGAAUGAUAGCAAGUUGCCUCCACAAGAGCAAGGAAUACAUUCUUCUGUUGGAGUUCAUAUAACUUCAUCCAAUGAUUACAAAAAUGGUCAAUGCAAGGAUGAAAGAAUCCCAGAACCCCAUUGUGAAAACAAUGAUGUUAAAGUUGAUAUAACUUCUUCAGAGAACUGCAAAAAUGACCAAUGCAAGGAUGAAAGAAACCCAGAGCCUCAUUGUGAAAGCAAUGGUGAUGAAAUUGGAGACAGCGAAUCUAAUAUUGUGUUUGAUAGUGAAGAUGAUUUUUCAUUAGAUGACACUGACUCAGAUACUGGAGAGCAAAGCCAUGAAGGGUGCAAGAAGAGCAAGUGGUUUAACCAAUUCUUUGAUAAUUUAAAUAAACUGACCAUUGAGGAGAUCAAUUCACAAGAGAGGCAGUGGCAUUGCCCAGCAUGCCAAGGGGGUCCUGGUGCUAUUGAUUGGUACCAAGGGUUGCAGCCACUUUUGAAUCAUUCCAAGACAAUAAAAGCAAGGAGGGUAAGGCUGCAUCGACUGUUUGCUGAGACUUUGGGGGAAGAAUGUUUCAGGAGAAGAGCUCCAUUGACAAUGGAUGCUGAAGUCUAUGGUAAAUGGGAAGGUCUUGAUAAGAAAGUCAAGGAUCAUGAAAUAGUUUGGCCCCCAAUGGUUGUCAUCAUGAAUACAAGAUAUGAGCAGGAUGAAAGCAAUAAGUGGAAUGGAAUGGGCAAUCAAGAGCUCCUUGAUUGCUUCAGUGAUUAUGCUGCGUUGAAGGCUCGACACUCAUAUGGUCCUCAAGGGCACCGUGGGAUGAGCGUUUUGAUUUUCGAGGCAUCCACAGCAGGUUAUUUAGAAUCCAAGCGGCUCCACGAGCAAUUUGAAGAGCAGGGAAGAGGUAGGGAGGCUUGGAAUCGUGCUUGGAAUCGUUGUCGGCAUCCAUUUGUACCAGGAGUGAACCGCAAACUAUAUGGCUGCUUGGCUUCUAGAGAAGAUUUGGAUAAUUUCAACAGGCACUCCGGAGGAAAGUCGAACUUUUUGAAGUUUGAAAUGAGAUCAUAUCAAGAGACGGUUGAGAGCAUGAUAAAGGUCAUCAAUAAUGACAGUAAACAGAUUGAGUAUCUUAAGAACAAAAUAGCUAAGGAACAAAUCAAAUCCGAAGUCUUAGCGGACACCUUACGUAUAAAAUUGAUGAAUGCACUAGAGAAAUUUGUCCAGGAACAGAUCCAAAACAUUCAACAAGCUAUAGAUGCUAAGGAAGAUGAGUUUGAGAAAUUGCAGCAGGCAGAGAAAGAAAAGUUGAAACACUUUUGUGGAGAUUCUUCCGAGGAAGAGGAAGACAAGCAUAGGUCCCGAGAUGAGGACAUGAUGCAAUUCGAUGAAGAAAGAUAUGGUAUCAUGAAAGUUUAUGGAGAGAAAAAGUUGGAUCUGAAGAAGAAGCUGUGGAAGGAGCAGGUUGAACUUGAGAAGGAGUUAGAAAAUGAACUGAUGCAGCUCAUGGAUAAGUACACUUCAGCCAAUCUUAAGAACAAAGCUGUAUGA